UAUUUUUUUUAACUUCCCGCUUUUGUCGUGCAUAAACACUGGGGGAUCAUCUAGUGUUAUUAAGUAGAUAUCUACUUUUCUUACGACACAUGACUAGCAGAAAAAUUUCCCUGAGCUAAUUCUCAAUUGAGACUGAAAUGGAGGGUGGAGAUGAUGCUACUGAUUGUAAUUCUUCAGAAUCAGAGAAAGCAGACGACACAGCUCUAGAUGGCGGUUGGGGUUGGAUGGUGGUAUUUGGCGCCUUCAUGAUCAACGUCAUUACGGACGGGUGUUCUUACUCAUUCGGAGUUUUAUUCACACAUCUGUUGGAAUAUUUCCACGCAGAUCGCAGCUCGACUGCAUGGGUCGGCUCUGUGUUUAAUGCAGCACCACUUCUUUUUGGUCCUGUUGCCAGCAUUAUCGCCAAGCGUUUUGGAUUCAGGAAAGCCACCAUAGCAGGUGCAUUAAUAGCCGCAUCAGGAAUGAUAAUGAGUGUAUUUGUGAAUUCUUUGGGUGCUUUGGGAUUAACCUAUGGUUGUGUUGCAGGAUUUGGAAUUUCUCUUCCGUACCUGGCUUCGUCCGUUGUUGUGAUGAUGUAUUUUAAAAAGAGACGCUCUUUGGCAACAGGCUUGGCCGAGUGUGGUGCAGGAGUUGGCACUCUGAUAUUUGCGCCUCUCUUACAGUUUCUAAUAUCCGAAUAUGGUUGGCGAGGAGCAUUGUUGGUUAUGAGUGCUAUUGUUUCCCAUGUUGUGCUCUGUGGUGCUUUGUUCAGACCAAUUCCAAUCUGCAGUAAAAGAGAACAAAGUAUAUCGGUAUAUAGUCAGCAUAACAAGGGAAACUCAAUUUCAGAAACAUUACCAGCAAUUCAGCAUAAUACUGAAAAUGAAAUCCUCUUUGAAAGUUUUGUAGAGAAAAAUCACCUCAGACUUGAAAGUCAGUCAACUGAAAAUUUGAAUAUAGGAAAGCGACAUAUAACAACUGAGAGUAAUUCAUUUCUGGGUGGUAGCAUAUCUUCGUUGUCAAAAAUAGCAAGGAUUGAUGGAGAUUUUUCAGACUCUAAACAAACGUUUCAUGAACAAAGUGAAAGUAAAUGUAAACAAAGAAUAUGCAGAAUUGUUGAUGUUACCGUCUUGCGUGAAUGGCGUUUCGUGAUUUUUCUCAUUUCUAAUUUUAUUCUUUAUUUAUGGUAUGACGUGCCUUAUGUUUUCACAGUCGAUCGCGCCUUGGAAAUAGGUGAAUCAGAAUCUCGAGGUGCUUUGAUAGUAUCUAGCACUGGUAUCAUUCAUACAGUUGGAAAUAUAGUGUUUGGCUUUCUAGGUGACUUGAAGAAAGUCAAUCGUUCCAUUCUUUAUUGCGUGUCAAUGUGGAUGACUGGCCUUGGCCUAGCAUUGGUGCCGUUAUCCCAGGAUUAUUUAUCUUUCAUAGCAUUUGACGGGAUUUACGGAUUCUUUGUUGCAGCUUCUGAAGCCUUAUCCUGUGUCUUGGUAGCAGAUAUAUUAGGCAUUUCAAAAUUAUCGGAUGGCUAUGGUAUAUUGAUGUUUCUUCAGGGAAUAGCUAAUUUAGUCGGACCACCAUUUGCAGGUUGGUUAUAUGACAGCUCAGGUUCUUACGACAACACAUUCCUCGCAGCUGGCGGAUCCAUAAUUUUUCUAGGAAUGUUGUAUGCCACAGUGCCAGUCUAUGCAAAAAUAAGGAACAAUCUGCUUAAUGCAAAAUAAUGUGCCAAAGUGAAAUAAAGAAGAAAAAUCUUA